CUCUAGCUCGUUGUCACUCGUGGUAGCGAUAGGCCCUAAUCGGACUCCCCAACCUUCUCAACAAAGAUGGCUACCACCACCACGAUCCCAGGCAUAGCAAUUCUUGGAGCUGGGUUGUUUCCUGCUCUAGCCUAUCUGCCAGCUCUAUCAGCCCUACGCACCACAUCCCCAAGUCAGUGCCCAAUAGUAAGAGCCAUCUACUCAAGAUCGGAGAAGAGCGCAAGAGGUUUAGCCGAGGAAACUGCCAAACAACUAGGAGGCGAAGGCGCUGGCACUCCGGAUGUUUACUUCGAUCAGCCUGUUUCCGAUCGUACUACUAGCGCAUCCGGAGGGAACUUAGACGCUCUCCUUUCUCGCAAAGAUAUAGCAGCCGUCAUUAUCGCGUUACCGAUCACCGUCCAACCUUCCAUUAUUCUCAAAGCUCUCAAAGCGGGAAAACACGUUUUGAGCGAGAAGCCCGUAGCGGCCUCCGUCAAGAUUGGGUUGGAGUUGAUCCGAGAAGCGAAGUCGUAUACGGAGGCGGGGUUGGUCUGGAGGGUUGCGGAGAAUUUUGAGGUUGAACCGGUUUAUGUGAAGGUGAAGGAGCUUUUGAAGGCUGGGAAGAUUGGGGAGGUGAAGGGGUUUAAGGCGAGUGUAAAGGUGUAUUUGGAUGAGGAGAGUGACUGGUAUAAGACGCCUUGGAGGACGGUUCCUGAGUAUCAAGGUGGAUUUUUGCUUGAUGGGGGUGUUCACACUUCCGCAGCCCUCAGAACUAUGCUUCCCGAGUUUACAUCCGGCCACCUGAUCUCCUUCGCUUCCCUCAACAAACCAUAUCUCGCUCCCAAAGAUACGGUUCAUGCGAUUCUCAAAACCCCCUCUUACAACGGUACCCUCGACUUCACCUGGGCCUGGCCCGUCCGCUCCCAACCCAACUCGGACGAAACAGUCAUCAUGGGAUCUCAUGGCUACAUCGGUAUCGCUAGAAGGAAGGCUGAAGAAGGUGGUGGAUGGAACGUGACCAUCAAAUCUCUAGUUUCUUCAAACUCCUCGACGACGACAACGACGACGACAAAGAAAGAAUACCAAGAAACCGAAGAAACAUACGCGUUCCGGUCUCAAGGCGUUCGGGAAGAGUUCCGAGCGUUUUUUGAGGUAGCGUUCGAUGGAAAGAAACCUGAUGCGGAAGAACUCGGGGAUGUUGGGAACCCGAUGAAUGCGUUGUUUGAUGUUGCGCUUAUUCAGGGGAUGUUGGAUAGUAAUGGGGGUGUUGUGGAUUUGAGUGAAUUAUGGGCAAGGGGGUGAAAUUUUCGAGGUUCUGUGUGGGAACGAAGAAGAAUGUAAGCAUGUACGGUCUUGAAUAUUGGAUUAAAUUAAUGUUUUCUCCUCGUGUCGCCGAUUCGUGCGAAUUGGUAUACUAAAGUGGGUUUGGGUUUUUGGGUUGUUUUGAAGUUCUAUCAGACGGGAUCAUGUUCCCUCGACUCUUAUUCCUUUCAGGUACUAUGUAUGUGCUUAUUGAUUCUUCCUUACUUCGGAGAAAUAAGAAGCAAGCCAAGCAUGAGAUCAUUCUCUGUCGCUGUCCAUACAGCUUGCUUAAACAUCUCCCCUUAAUGCGCUCGUAGUGUUGAAUCGCUCGAUUGAAGGGGGAGGGGUACGGUAGUCAUGUCUGUUGAUAUAAGGUUUCUCCGAGCUUUGACCUGUAGUACCUCUCUGUGAUUCUUACGAAUAUCUUCCGAAAGUCCUCGAUA